CUCAGCGCCUUCUGAAGUCUGCGAAGACUGUCUACAAACGAGGCAAUAUUCGCACGUCAUUGGAUACGACGCUACACGUAUAGACUUCGACCAAAUUGCAAUAUAAAGAUUAUUACUCUUACACCAUAAAUCCGUUUACAAAGCAAGCUGAAAAGCCAAAGAUAUCGAGUUUGUGAUAGUGAACCGCAUAUCGAGGAUUCUCCCUUUACAACGAUUCUAGGCAAAUUACAAAGGCCUGAAGGAAUUGAAUAGUUCCUUUGAAUUUUUGUAUUCUAGUUGUCUCUUUCAAGUAAAUUGUUGUGUGGUACUCCACUGUGUGGGGGUGUAUGGGGGAGUGUCUGUGUAUGUGCGUUCGCGUCUGUUUACGUUGACGCUGCGCUAAUCAGGGUGCACACAAACACUUUUCAGACUGAAGUGGUUUCCGGCCAGAGAGGAGACGUCGGUGAUUGUUUUACGUUGUUUUGUGGCUAAAAAAAUUGCACGAACUGUGAGUUGAAGACUUCGUCGAGCCAUCGCUGAGCUGCUCAGGCAGCGUGCGAAGGGACGUAAUACUCCACCAGGAACUCUUCGGCAAACGCUAAAAAUGGCAGACGGGAUAGCGGUCGUGACGGCGAUGGUACUCGUACACGUCCUAACAAGUAAAGGCAGCGAAGCCGCAGCUCCUCUGCCCCGACCUCAGGCUCUAAUUCAGCCAUCAUUGUCUGAUCUUCCAACGGUAACUGUACGAGGUUUCCUGAACUUCCGGACAACUGUCGAUGGGACCGUAAUUGUUUUCACUCCGUCGUCUGAGACGCCUCAACAGAAUCAGCCGAACGAGCCGAUAGCUCCUACAAAGACGGCGCAGAUACAGAUUAGUCCAGAAUCGACAGUACUUAAGCCAGGCACACCAAAAGACUCCUCACUUGACAAGACACAGGACUUCCAAGACCUUUCGCAGGCAAACAAAGUAUUCGGCUUUGAGAUCGAACCCGAUGAUGUCGACGGUACCGUCAGUUCCGCGGCGCCCACGGUUCCCCCGGUGAGUAAAAAGACCUCGUCGACUGCGGCAAUCUUCCCUGUGAAGACAACGAGUGCACCAACUACCCCUAAGGCCACUACCCCGAAGACAACCACCCCUAAACCGACUACCCCUAAGCCUACGACAAAAGCCACCACCCUAAAGCCGACGACAAAAACGCCUCCUAAGACAACCCUCGUUACAAAACCCACUUUUAAAGGAGCGACCCCGAAGGACGCGAAAAUCUCACAAAGUAACGUCCCAGUUACUCGUAUUGUUGAAACAACCGCCUCUUCUGCGCUAUACCCAACCGGUCUAGUGACGGUUCUUGGGGGUACGAUGAUUUCACAUGGCGCGACCACAAUUCAUGAGACUAAAGUGAUCGGAACCUAUAUUCAGGGUAAAUAUGCUCAAAUCCUCGAGAGCACUUCACGUGUGAUUCAACCCAGCGCCGUUGGGGUUUCUCCUUCACCAACCUUUGCUUCACAAGGACAUUCUACAGCCCCACCGGGUCUACAGACCAUCGAACGUCGCGGUGAUGUCGGGGAUUUGGAGAAACUCCUGCUGCAGGCCUCAUUCAAAAGCUCAUCGGCAACGUUGCAGAGUCGGCAGAUACAACAAACCACUCGGCUCGAGCCGAAAUUUACCGAAACCAUUGAAGACGAUAACAAAAUCCACUUUACCAGAAGGCCUAAUGGACGCAGCCAAAGCAGCACUACCUCUAGGCUACGUUAUAGCCCAUUAGCCAAAAGUCACUCGGUUCGUCUUAAUCGUUUCAAGGUCCGUCUGACUUCCCGUUACGAGGAUCAAACGGCAUUGCCUUCGGAGGUUGAACAUUUGAACGCGUUUGAUUCACAGGUGAAAGCUCUCGAUCUUGAUGACCCUCUUCUAAACAUUGAUCCCGCUCGAAUAACCUGGCUGCCUACGACCUUCACGUCGUUGGUGACUCUUCGCGCUGGUCAGCGCAAAUCCGUCAUUCGAACCCUAACAAUAACCACUUCUUUUCCGACGACGAUUGAGCCCAGCGAAGUUCUCUCUAAUGGCAUCAGCGACAAUGCCAUUGACCCAACACCGUCUGGGUUGGUUCAUUCCCGAAUUUACUCAACGGAACAGCACACGUGGCGCACGUCGCUCAUCCCGGCUUCUCAUGACGGCCUUACCUCGAUGCAGACCAUCACUGAAUCCUUUGUAAUCAGAAAAUUCGUCACAGCGUACAGGACUAUGCCCUCCAGCGAGAUUACUGACGAGAUGACCAACGAAACGUUAAGCUUCCUCGAUGAAUCGGACGAUUCCUACAUCAAAACACUGCUGGCUGGCGACAUCAACGCUACGGCGACAACUAAAACAGAUGAGCCACUUACUUCGAAAAACAUUCUCGACGAACUUCAAAACGCUCUCCAGAAGAACCCGCUUGCUGCACUGCUUCUGGGCCUCAACACCCAGCUUCAGCCUUCGCUACAGACCGUAACCCGAAGCAGCACCUACGUGACCACUGACACCCUCUACCACACGAAGGUCGUGAGUUUUUACGAUGGUCGGCGAACUCGUUCGAAACGUCUAUCGGAUUCGAUUGGAACGACAGAGCGCACCCUUACGACCGUUACCACCGAAGUGAUCACUAUUCAGCCAACACAGGCAUUCCCAUUUCCGUUCCUCCUGCAGCCGACACCAACAGCCAGCUAUUCGACUAUUACUUCGCUGUACACUACGGUAACUACGGGUACCAGCUACGCGUCCAAGAUCUUCACGCUUAUUUAUAACGCGUUUUCAACGAGGUAUCGAACGGUAACAUCUAGCUCGACCUAUCCGACGACAAUGGUGAUUACCUCAACUUCGUCGUUCCUAGUUCAGCCCACUUUAGCUUACGGAGGUUAUCCAAGUCAAACGUCCCCUGGCUAUCAAGCCCAAGUGCCACAACAAGCACAACUCGUACAUCAACUGAGCCAGGCCGUUGUGGCUGAACCACAACCUUUGGCUACCGUCCAAGGAAAUGCACCUCAACCGACACCUGUGACUACGAACCUCCCUAUGGCAAUGGUCACCAAGGCAACUGUUUUUGAGCCGGUCUCCUCUGCACCUGCUAUACUGGCUGCGGGUCUAUCGUCUUCCGAGUCGGUUGAGUCAUCCAUACCAUCAGCUGAUUUGACUUCAGGCGCCGAUGAGGCGUCAGCGGUUUCAUCUUCGGAACAGGUCGCAACGCCCGUUCUAGCCAUAGCAGCAAACCUUGCACCUGCCGCUCCACCUGCGCAAGCUGCCGCAUCCUCGGCAUUACAACCUAACCUAACAGCCUAGAACUAGUACGGACUAGGGAGUUACGUCCCGUUAUAGAAAAAGAAGUACACUAAAAUGCUGUGAGGGAAGCUGCAUGCGUGCCAAGUUCAGCCAAGCCAAUCGAACCAAUCAUGCUUAGGAGAAUCCACCUAUACCCUCAUAGUUGCUCCGUCACACUCAUGUACAUUCACGCGCGAAUACUUCAAUCAACAGAAUGCUACGACAUCAUCGUGUUGAUCAUUGUUAUUAUUGUUGUUAAAAGUGGUAUAAUACCGGAAAAGACAUCAGCCUCAUCAGCAGCAAGCACAGUAGGAAACUAUGGCAAUGGCUGUAGACCGCGCAUAAAAAUCAGCCAAGAACAAUCUCACCAACAGCAGCAAGCAUAAAGAAACCAUCAACCGUACAGUUGUGAGUAGGCCUGAUCUCGCAGGGACGCCAACACAUACUAGUAAUAUAGGUGUGAUUGGCUCGAAGUGAUUGACCCUGUCCAAGUUUUUGCCAUUAUUGUAUCAGGAUAAGACGUUGAUUGGGUUUCGUUUUAGUUGCACGAAAAUGACCCAUUUGUUGAGGCACGUUUCCCGUCAAGUUAUUAUAGUAAUCUAUGUUUGUAUGACUGGGUGCUUUACAGUAUCUUUUAUACGUGAUGCGCACCUUGUGUAUGCCUGACAAAACCAAAUAAAACAAGCUGGUCUCGACCAAACCAGCGGCGACGACGGUGGCAGAAAAGCGUUUGAGACCGCCCCUACCUUUCCUGUUAUCCUAGCCUAACCCUACAAAUCUGUCAACCUACAAACAUAAUCGAGCAACCAUGUUUUUAUUUUGUUACCAUUGCUGCUGCUAUGGGUUUGGCAAAACGGUAAAGUUUGUUCCCGCUCUGAAACGGGAAAGCGUCUGCUAUUGUAUUUGAACGCUCGUCGUGACCCGCUACCACAGGAUGUAAGAUAUCGAACUGAGAUCAAUCCAUGACAAAGUAAAAGACAGUUUCCUAGCUCGGACGCAGGAAGCUCGCACUUGUUCUUCUUUGUUAAAAUUUCGAAAUUUGUGUCGUCGACAAAUUAGCAUCGAGUUAUUUAUUUAUUUUGAAAGUUUUCAGUGUAAAAAUGAUUUCGUAUAUAGAUUUUGCGUACGGGAUUGACUAUCAAAGCUUCGGUAGACGCUCGAUGCUUCGAUGUCGGAUGCACUGCCACUGACACACCCAUCAUUUCUGCAAUGGACAGCUCACUGAAGGCCUCAUAGCCUUCCCCGUAACGAAGAUUAGAUGUGAAUUACAAGUAUCUAAAUGCCAAUAAUUUUGUAAAUGGAAAAGCAAUUGAAGGUUAUAGUUAUCACAGCAUAGAGUAAAAAGUAUAAAUAUAUAUAUAUAUAUAUAUAUAUACAAAAAUAGAGAAUGCCAGAGAAAAGAUACGGAUGGCCCUGACAGACCAUAGUAGAUUGAUCCUGUUUGCGAAGGCGACAUAAAUGCAAAUAUUCUCUGUAAUCAUUUCCAUACGAGCGGGUAACUCUAGGUAUACUUGUUGUGUGCCUUCGCAUAGGGUAGUUGCCAUAAUUAUAUAUAUAUAUUUACUGCUGAAUAUCAUAUCAAUGUGACAGGAAGCAUUACAAAGUACAUUCUAGUAAAAUGAUUCACUUUAAUCAAGUGCGAUUUAAAUUAGCGUCUCGAAUCUUCAAUGUGAAGCAAAAGAAGCUUCAACGUGCAUCGCAGCUUUCUGAUGACAUAAAUUUUCGGACGAUUAUUCCCAUGGACAACAUAAAUGGGCAAGAUUAUGUUUCAAAAGUUUAAAAUCGAUGACAUCGAAGGUGACACAUGGCACAGCUUUAUUGUCAUCUCGUGUUGUCUACGUGUUUUUCUUGUGUUUAUAUAUAUAGGUAUGUAUAAAUAUAUAUAUAUAUAUAUAGGUAUGUAUAUAUAUAUAUAUAUAUACAUUCAUGUAAAUAACAUUGUAUAUAUCAGUAGUAGCACUGCAUAAAACUGAAGAGUUUACCGUCGGUGAGAAAAAACGUAACGCUAACGGCUCGUGAAGUCGAUUCUCACAGCAGAAACUCCGGGAUGUGGAAACGGAACAUGACGACACGAUCAUACGCAUGCCUCUGACAUUUUCAACGUUAAAACAUUAACUAUCGUAUGUAAGUCUUGCAUAAAUGCAUUUUUGGAGUUAACUGUUAAACAAGUACGGCUAAUCGAAUCAUGCAAGGCUAUCAUAUAUAUAUAUAUAUAUAUAUAUAUAUAUGGAGAGAGAGAGAGAGAGAGAGAGAGAGAGAGAGAAUGCACCUCGAUUUAUGGUGAUUCUAAAGUAGGUAAUAAGGAAUAUAACUUUUUCUCUGUGAGAUAAUCAGAAGUCAUACUUCAUUUUAAAGAUGACACAGUAAGUGAUUUGGCUUUCAAAUCGGACGAACAAAGGACCCUAGAGGAGCAUGUAGUUGCAUUCAUCGACUCAUUAUUCAACCUUAUAUUCGCCUCAUGAUGUAAACGUAUCGUAUGUUAUCAAUAAAAAAAAGAAU